CAUGACAAUUGGUUACGACACGCGAGGUUAAAGAAUACACAUUCAGUAAACUAUUAAUUUGGACAAAAUGAUUUUUCAAUCAAAUUUAAUUUCUGAAUUUUGACAAGAUAAUGGCCGAUCGGAAAUCGGUUGCACUUUGAGCAUAAUGAACGGAACGAUUGAACUCACUAUAAAAUCCGGGAACAUCGAUAUUACAAUUGCAAACUUCGUACAAAUACUCGCCCAUAAACGUAAGCUAACCAAAAAUGAAGGGGUGGCAGUGCUACAUAUUUAUUUUAAUUAAAUUGGUACGAGCAUUUUCCAACAAUGACCAUGAAGUGCAACAUGAUUCAAUACCAUGCAUCAAGAGAUUUUGUCAACAUUACUUUCGAUCAGAUAAAGCAAUGAAAGGCUCUCUGGUAAUUAUGAACUUAACACCAUCUCCAUCAACGUUUCAAACCAGAAUUAUUGAAUCACUUAACGAGGAUGUGACACAUGAAUUUUCGGUGAUGAUUAAGGACUCGCGUAAAAAACAUAUGAACGCCUCACACGUCUCUGAAAAGGCUCAGAAUUAUUUCAUGUUCAUUGUGUCGUAUGAGGAUGUAAACAGCACCGUACAUCAGUGGCGGUCUCUUCCAACAUGGAAUCCGAUGGCACAAGUUAUGGGUUUGUUUACGGAGCUGUUUGAUCCGGAAACUCUUGCAGAGCAAAUCCGGAAUGUGUUCAGCGAACUAUUACUUCAUAAUAUGCUGAAUGUCAAUUUGAUGUACAGGAAAGCAGGUACAAAUAUCGUAGAAAUGAUUACAUGGUUUCCAUAUGAGGGACAGAACUGUGCCAACCGCAUUGUAAAUCUCCGGGUCAUCGACAAUUGCGAAUAUCAAGUAGAUCCUACUAAUUCAAGCGACACAAAUGUGGUUUUUAUUCCGAAGAGAAAAGAGAAGAAAAUUCCACAUCGUCUGCAUGGAUGUUCUCUUAAAAUUUCGAGUAGCGUUUGGCCACCAUAUACUUAUUAUGAUUCCGAGAGUGGAGAAUUUACAAAUGGAAUCGAAGUUCUCUUAUUGCAAACUAUUGCUAAGGUACUGCAGUUGUCGACAGUGUACAAUAUUUUAAACGAAACUAGAGAAAAUCGACUCUCUUCGAAACUAACUCAAGGAUACGUUGAUCUAAUCGAUGGAACAUCAGAUGUGUUAAUAGGUGGCAUGGACGAAGAUUCGAAUACAAGAAAAUAUCUUUCAUCUUCUAUCCCAUACUAUCAAGACGAUCAAACUUGGUGCGUAGCGAAUGCAAAACCGGAGGAACUUUGGAGAAAUAUUUUCAAUCUAUUUUCCACAACGAUUUGGAGUCUGAUAAUUUUGGUUGUGUUUUUGAUGGCAUCAAUGUUGUACGGUUUCAUCAAAAUGGACCAUAAAUCCAAAAAUUUUAUGUGGAUGUUGCUGGCUAGUCUAUCCGUUACGAUGGGUCUAACGACGAUCUAUGAUCCGAAGCACACGAAUGCUCGAAUUGUUUUUUUCAUUUUUUUGUUUUACGGUUUAUUGUUCAGUACGUUGUUUAACAGUUUUCUCGUGGGAGUGCUUACCAAUCCUCGCCAAAAGGAGCAAAUUUCAAAUCUUCAACAAGCAGUGGCAGCAAAUCUAGAAUUCAAUGGUGGCACCGUAACGUUGGAACAUUUCGACGCUAAAGAUGAUGUCACUGUAAAAGCACGAAAUUCCUUUAAUCUUUGCGAUAACAUUGACGACUGCUUUUACAAACUCAAGUUCAACGAUUUCUUGGCAGUUGCAACCAGUCGUGAACACGCCAUGAACAAUCCGGUGGUGCCGAAAACCGACAUAUUUUGCUUUUCAAAAGCCGACAAUAUUUACACCUUUUCGGUCGCAAUGAUGACCAAGAAAUAUUAUCAUCUUUUGCCGCAAAUGAACUCAAUUAUUCGAAGGGUUUCCGAAUUCGGACUGUUGGAAAAAUGGGCGAAAGAUAAUUCAGCUGCAGCGGUUGAAUUAAUUCAAAACUCUGAUAGUAGUAACGAUGAUGAUGAUGGAUUAGUUGUCUUAACAGUGGGUCACAUUACUGGCGCACUUAUGAUUAUGUUGCUGGGUUACGCUGUAGCGGUAUGUGCGUUUGUUGGUGAGAUUAUUGUGGCAAAGCAGAUUUCAUCGUCUCGUCGCAAAUCAUGUUGGAUAUUUUGGGAUAAAGUGUUCGACACCAAGCAAUAUUUUUGAGAGUCCAAACUUAACUUUUGCAAAUGUUUUACCGAUUUUAUAGGAAUGGAAUCGCUUUAUUAUUUCUGGCAUAGUCUUUCUCAUCGAUAAGCAGUAGGGUCGUCGUACCUUUUCAAAUAAAAUUCCAUAUAUUUGCUAUUGGAACAAAAUUAAAUUCAAGUUACCAGCAACAUUUUGAAGUUUACUUUAGCGAUUUUGAAUAAAUGUCACUGUCAAGAUAUCAAAUCAACUUGAGAACGAUUUCAUAUCAAUCCAAUUUGUAGAUAUUGUGUUAAGUUAACCAAAACUAAUUAGAAUUAACGUUUGUUUACAUACUUGACGAAUUAAAGAUAAGCGUUGCUAUAACGGGUUUUUACGCUUCAUUGGGCACACAGACUAUCCCUACUACAGACAGACGCCACCACCGACGAUUACCAAAUCUAUCAAUUGAUUCCAAUGUACGAGCUAAUAUAAUUUACAUGCUAAAGACAUGAGUCGAAAACCGUAUUUUUCGUGUUUUAAGCACCACUUUCGACACCAUUAGCAUGUAAAAUUCAUUUACUU